AUGGCGCCUCGUGGAAACGCCGGAAAGGGCAAAAGUGCCCAAAAAGCACCAAUAGUGAUGGCGCCUCGUGGAAAUUUGAAGAAAAAUACCCAACACCAGGCAGCAGAGUUGAAAUUGCUGGAAGACGAAAAUUAUGCAAGGUUGAAAAUCCGAUUGGAUGAGUUCGAGAGAAGUAUGGACUUGAGCAUGAUGCAAAUGAACUCAAGACUUGCAGCGGAAUUGUCUCCAAACGCCCCAACCAUGGCAGAUCUUAAUGCCAAUCUCACGGAACUGCGUGACAAAACUGUGACUUCGAUUCGGUCGAAUGAUCAGCUGGGAGGGAAAAUUUGCGAACUUGAACGUAAAUGGCGAGAAAUACAUGAACGCAUCGAGAAGGACUCGAAUGGUCAGCUGGGUGGAAAAAUUCCUGAACUUGAAUCCCGAUGUCGAGAAAUGGUUGACCGCAUGGAAGUGGAGCUGGGGAAAAACUUCUCCAAACUUGAAUCUAAAUGUAAAGACAUGCUUGGUCGCAUGGAAGUGGAGGCGGAAAAACAAAAAUCCAAAUUUGAAUCCAAAUGUCGAGAAAUGCUAGGCCGCAUGGAAGUGAAGACAAGCGAACAACUGGCAAUCUCUCCAUAUGACCCUAGCUCUAAUGACAGGAGCCAAGACGCGAUGUGCGCUCCUCAAAAAAAUCUUGACUCAGUUCAGGAAGUGAUGCGGAAAAGUGAGGAAGCCGUGAUGAAGAACUGGAAGGAGCUCGAGAAGCACAAAGCUGAAUUGGGACACAUGAAAAGUCUCGGCCAACAACUUUCCGACCAGAUUGCAGACCUCGACAAAUUAUCAAGGCAGAAUCAGGACAAGCUUGCAGGACAAGCUUCUCAGAUUACAUUUCUUUUCCGAGGCGGUCAAUCUGUGGCAAACCGCCAGGACGAGGUUGAAGCUUACCCCAAAUCGAUUAUCAUACAGACAAAAAAGUGCAACGAACUCGGAAAAACCCAACACCACAACUUAACGGCUGCCGUUGAAUCCUUGAAACAAUGGGUUGUUUCAGCUUUAAAGAAAGAAAUCAAGCCCAUAUCUGAGCAGGCAAAACGGAACUCAAGCGCCAUUAAAGAGCAGAGGGACAAACUUGAUCUCCUCAACAAUGUGAAACCACAACUUGAUCUUAUUUCUGAAGCCCAACGGAAGGUUUUCGAAAAACUGGCAACUAUAGAGACCAUCGACCUUAAGGAAAGUACUCAAAUCCAAUCAAUAGACAUGGUGGAGACAGAAAGGAUUACGGGUCUCAUGAAAAGCAAAUGCGAGGAAUUGUUCUCUGUCAUACAACGCAGCUUCAAUGCUGAUCUGGAAUCUCUCAAGCAGAAACAGUCCAAUGAGCUUCUCCAACAAAGCCGUCAACUUCAAUCCAUGUUAACUGUUAAAGCUGAAAUUGAGGGAAAGAUAAUAGACUUGAUAGAGGCUAACAAGAGAAAUGAAAAUGGUCUUUCGAAGGCAAAAUCUGAUGUCCACUCGCUCAUUCAACAAAGCCAAGUGAUUUCCCAGCGCCAAAAUGACAUUGCGAAGGACGUUUCCAAAUUGUCUCGAGAGAAGAACGAGGAAUUGGAGACACCAACCGUCUUAGAGCUUAUGCAACAAACCUGUAACGAAUCACUGAAAAACCAUCAACGCAAAUUCAAUGCCGACCUUGAAUCCCUCAAGCAACAUGUUUUAUCUGUUCAAAAAGACGAACUCCGACCUAUCGUUGAACAGGCAAAGCAGACGUCUAACGAAAUUUUCAAGCACCGUACUCAACUUGAUAUCGUAGCCCGCAUCGAGGGAAAGGUAUCAAGCUUGGAAAAAGCUUCUGAGACAACUCAAUCCACUCUUACCGAGGCCAAUUCAGCCAUCCGAUCACUCAUUGAAAAGACGGAGCUCAUACAACGGCACCAAGCUACACUUGAAGAAAAUUUGACAAGUCUUCAAGAUGAAACUGUGCAAAUGCAGAACGGAAAUCCAGAUCGAAACCAGACUUCUACUGCUUUACCUUUUCCACCUCCUCUCAUCCCAGACGUCUCGAUUGUUCGAUUUCAAAGCUCUCCUCAAACUUCCUCACCCAUUUCGAUUGAGAGAGACGACAUUUCGGUUGUCGGAGUAGAACGUUCUCAAGCUGAGGGAUCCCGCACACAGGAUCACGCAAAUGAUGAAUCAAACGAACAACAUGAUGUUCACGAAAGGCCAUCGUCAAAGCGCUCGAACUUACGAGCACGCAGCUACACAGACGAAGAGUCCGAUUCCUCACCUGCCCCAUACAGUCGAUCAACAUCAAGAGCUCCCGGGAAACUCACCAAAAACCAAAAAUGGAGACGCGAAACCAGGAAGAACAAACCUAAUAAAGGAAAGAGGGAAAGUUUGAGAAAGGAGCGUGAAAGCAUGGAACCAUCCCAACGAGAUGAUGAUAUCACUUUGUCCAAUGCAGUCCACGCACACAUCCGGAUCAUAACGGGGCUCCCCAGGAAGAAAGGUGCUUUUCUCCCCACACCAACACUCAAAGAACUGGACAAUAUGCCUCAAUUGGAAGAAGGUCCAUUGUCCGUCUCCGCCAAGUACAAAGUCGCAAAUGUGACGCAAACCUGGGAUCCUGAGGACGAAAUGGGUGACGGUUUCUCGCAGUAUUGCCUGCGGCGCAUCAAGCAAUAUGGUCUUCCAUUUGUGGGAAUAAGCACAUUACUUGAUAAUCCCAAGGCGUUGGAAUGGAACCGUAGGACGGUCGGUUUCCUCAGUGACACAUUCUACCAUGCAGUACAAGCCGGCGACUACGGCAAAAUUUUCCGGGCCGGUUAUGACAUUCACGACGGUGGCUUGGAGAGAGCUGAGACACUCAUUCGAACAAAUCUGGACUACCGAAUUGCUGAGAUGACAAAAUAUCUCAAACGUGCAGACACCAAGAGCCACCCGGUUUCUUUACCCGAUGACCCUGCCACACCAAGCAAUGUUGGGGAGGGAGAAUCAAGGGCAAGGAGAUUGCGAGCAGCUGACGAGAAGAAAGAUCGGAUAUUUGCACGACGUGUAGCUUUGGGACAAAGACGCUAUCAGACAGCCUGUGCGAUUCCAGAGUUUCAUAGAUAUCGCAGCCUUUUUCUGGACAAACGUCUUUGUUCAUCGGAUGAAUCUAAUGCUGAUGCAGAUGAUGACACAAGAAUCAGACAUGCACCUGUUUGGCGUAGCAGCAAGGCCACUGCCCUGGUCGAACGAAUUGACAAACAAACUCAAAUAAUUCGUGCUAACGGACCUUCGAAAGCCGGCAGAAAGCCAGGGAAGCGUCUCAAUUUGGGGGCCGAGGCCCCACUUGGAGGUUUGGAGACAACACCAUGCCGUCUACCUGAAGACGUUUAUGGCACUUUAUGGAUGAAUUCUCAGUCUGCAGAACAAAAAAAGGCACUUCAAUUGAAACCCGCCAUUUUUGAUGAGUGA